AUGCUGCCAGCGCGCCUCGAGGGCCUGUAUGCCACAAGGCGGGGUGUCUGGCUUCUGUCCGCCGCCGGAGCUCGGAGCGCCCCAGCCGUCCUCCUUCCCAAAGAUUCGAAUUCAUCGGAGCACUACAAAGACUUGUUGCGUCCCACGUUGGUACGUCCCAUGUCCAUGACCAUCACACGGAUUGCCCCGCGACGACUGGUCGCCCCGAGCUUCGCUCGCCCGCUCUUGGCCGCUUCUUCCACCUCUUGCUCGUCUGCCACCGCGACGCCCAAACUCAAUCGCUCACCAGCUUCUCCAAGAUUCGCAUCCACCAUGUCUGACCAGACCAUCAUCUUCACCAAGGACGCUCCUGCUCCUGUCGGCCCCUACUCCCAGGCCAUCAAGACCCCCUUCGCCAUCUACUGCUCCGGCGCCAUCCCUCUCACUGCCGACGGCACCUUUGUUGGCUCCAACAUCACCACCCAGACCACCCAGUGCUGCGAGAACCUCAAGGCCGUCCUCGCCGAGGCUGGCUCCUCCAUCCCCAAGGUCGUCAAGACCAUGAUCUUCAUCUCCGACAUGGCCCACUUCGCCGAGAUGAACGCCGAGUACGAGAAGUUCUUCUCCCACAAGCCCGCUCGCAGCUGCGUCGCCGUCAAGACCCUUCCCAAGAACGUCGACGUCGAGAUCGAGGCUAUUGCUCUGCCUUAA